AUGAGCCUGGCAUUUACGGUGGGCCAGCCGAAGCUGACUCAGAGGACCGGGCCCUUCGAUACCAGAGCCACGGGCGCGCCAUUGCAGAGGAAUGACAGAGUGACCGACACUUCAGGACGGGGAUGGCAGUCCGUGGGCGCGGCAGUAGCUCUCGCAGCCGCAGCUGGGGCGAAGGUCGCUCGGCGAGCGCGUGGCACGAGUCGGAUAACUCUCUUCGCCGACCGGAGGGUGGUGGUGACAGGUAUGGGUAUCACGAGCUGCCUUGGCAACAGCUUAGACGAGGUGGCAGAUUCGCUCCAUGAGGGCAAGUCCGGAAUCACAUUCUCCGAGGAGUAUGAAAAGUUUGGCAUCAAGAGCCAGGUCCGUGGCACACCCGAUUUGACUCAGGAGGAGAUCAAGGAGCUUAUUCCCAGGAAGGCUCUACGAUUCAUGGGUCGCAAUGCUCAAUUUGCGUACAUUGCGCUUCAGCGAGCCAUCGACAAUGCCGGGCUCAAGCCGGAGGAUUACGAAAACAACGAACGAUGCGCGAGCAUCCUUGGCCAGGGUGGCACCUCUAUCGUGGAUGUCACAGAGAGUGUCGGCUUCGUGGCGGACCAGGUAAAGCGCUGGCCCAGCAAGGUUGGGCCUUACCGUGUCACCCGCACCAUGGGCUCUACGGUGUCGGCCGUCCUCUCCUCCAGCUUCAAGUUGCAGGGCCCGUCCUUUUCAAUCUCCUCCGCGUGCUCCACAGGGGCUCACUGCAUCGGCGUCGCUAUGGAGCAGAUCCAGAUGGACAAGGCCGACAUGGCCGUGGCCGGUGCAGGUGAGAAUGAGUGCUGGGAGUUCACUGCCAUGUUCGACUGCAUGGGCGCUCUGUCGACCAAGAGGAACUCCGAGCCAACCAAAGCUUCGAGAGCCUUCGACAAAGAUCGCGAUGGCUUCGUCAUCGCCGGAGGCGGUGGGAUGCUCGUCCUCGAGGAGCUGGAGCACGCAAAGGCCCGAGGAGCAAAGAUCUAUGCCGAGCUUACCGGUUAUGGUGCCAACUCUGAUGGCUACGAUGUUGUGGCUCCGUCGGGGGUUGGUGGUGAGCGCUGCAUGAAGAUUGCCAUGGCGAUGGCAGACAAAAUUGGCGGUGAGAAAGAGGUUGGCUACGUCAACACGCACGGCACGUCCACCCCGGUCGGUGAUGUACAGGAGCUAGGCGCCGUCAACCGUGUCUUCACCGAGAAAGGCUACCAACCCUUCGUUGGUUCAACGAAGUCCAUGUCAGGGCACGCCUUGGGCGCGGCGGGCGUCCAUGAGGCCAUCUACUCCAUCCUGAUGAUGGAGCGGGGCUUCCUAGCAGAAUCCAUCAACAUCGAGGACACUUCUUUCAAGAUGGCGUGA